AUGGCCAACAUAAUCUCGGCCUUCUUCUCUUCUCCCCUCCUGGUCUUCGGGUCCGCGUUCCUGCUGCGGGCCAUCCUGCUCGUCUACGGCCUGUGGCAGGACGCCAACUCGCCGCUCAAGUACACCGACAUCGACUACAUGGUCUUCACGGACGCGGCACGGCUGACGUUCAACUCGCCCGCGCGGUCGCCGUAUGCCCGGGAGACGUACCGCUACACGCCGCUGCUGGCCUGGCUGCUGUACCCGACGACGCUGCCCGCGCCCGGCGCCGCCGGCGUCUUCUGGUUCUCGUUCGGCAAGGUCCUGUUCGCGGCCGCGGACCUGGCGGCCGGCUGGCUGCUCGUGCGGGUGCUGCGGCGCCACGGCCCGCCGGCGGCCAGGACCGAGGCCGCCGCCCUCGGCUACGCCAGCAUCUGGCUGCUCAAUCCCAUGGUGGCCACGAUCUCGACGCGCGGCAGCUCCGAGGGCGUGCUGGGCGUGCUGGUCACGGCGCUGCUGUACGCCGUGCUCGAGCGGCGCGUCACGCUCGCCGCCGCGCUGCUGGGUCUCGGCGUGCACUUCAAGAUCUACCCCUUCAUCUACGCGCCGGCCAUCGUGUGGUGGAUGGACGGCGAGCGAAUGGGGCGCCAGUUCGCCGCAGGCACGUCGCUGCUGCGGCGCUUCCUGACGCCCGAGCGGCUGCGGCUCGCCAUCGUCAGCCUGGCGACGUUUCUGGGCCUCAAUAUCGCCAUGUACGCGCUGUACGGGCGCGAGUUCCUGCAACACACGUUCCUACACCACGUGACGCGGAUCGACCACCGGCACAACUUCAGCCCGUACAACGUCCUGCUGUAUCUGACGUCGGCGGAGCCAUACGUGACCGCGCAGUCGGGCCAGGCGGGGGCUUGGGGCACCGAGCUCCUUGGCCUGCGGAUCGAGAGCGUGGCAUUUGUGCCCCAGCUGCUGUUGAGCUGCGUGCUGAUCCCCCUUGUAGGCGCCAAGAAGGAUCUUGCCACGACGAUGCUGGCGCAGACUUUUGCGUUCGUGACGUUCAACAAGGUGUGCACUAGCCAGUACUUCCUCUGGUACAUGGUAUUCCUGCCCCUUUACCUCCCCUCCUCGUCGCUGCUUCGCCGGCCAGGCCUGGGCGUCUCCGCGCUUGCGCUCUGGGUUGCAACGCAGGGCCUAUGGCUCCAGCAGGGCUACAAUCUCGAGUUCCUGGGGCAGAGCACGUUCAUGCCUGGCCUGUUCUAUGCUUCUCUAGCAUUCUUCCUCGUGAACUGUUGGAUCCUGGGGAUCAUCAUUGGGGAUCUUCAAGGGAGCCCAGAGGCGGAUGUUAGCACUGGGGCGCCAAAGAGCGUGGGUCAGUCGAAAACAGCAGCUAAAUGA